UUCUGUGUUCGUGCGCGCGGACGAGGUGGGAUUGUUACACAUAACAAAAGAUAGCCACCCUCGGUGAGAAAACGGAACGUGCGUGCAUACAGCUGGCUGAUUGCUCACUUGGCCAUUAUAGCGAGAUCAUCCAUCCAUCGGGUGAAUUUAGGAUUCUGGGUUCGGACCGAUCUCUUGUUGCAUGGUGGUUCGGGCUCCCGACGAGGGUCAACAAAUGCAGAAAGGGGAGAAAAGUUUCGGUAUACAAAUGCUCUCCGUCCAGCCGGACACCAAGCAGGGCUGUGCCGGCUGCAACCGGAAGAUUAAGGACCGAUAUCUGCUCAAGGCCCUGGAUAAAUACUGGCACGAGGACUGUCUCAAGUGUGCCUGUUGUGACUGCAGGCUGGGAGAGGUGGGCUCCACGCUCUAUACCAAAGCCAACCUCAUCCUCUGUCGGAGAGAUUACCUACGUUUAAGGGAAGUUGCUAACGAGCACUAG